GUUUGUUAUUAAUUGAGUGAUAAUGAAUGAAGUUGAUGAUGGCAAACAUAGCAAGCUGUAUCUUCUCCCUGCUUUUUUUGUUGUCUCUAACUCUUUUCUUCUCUCCAACCCUUGGAAGAAGUAUCAAUAAUAAUAAGAAGCAUGUGAUUGGGUUGUUCAUAUUUGGGGAUUCAUUCUUAGAUGCAGGAAACAACAAUUACAUAAACACAACACCAUAUGAUCAAGCUAAUUUCUUUCCUUAUGGUCAAACCUACUUCAACUUCCCCACUGGCAGAUUCUCUGAUGGUCGCUUGAUUUCAGAUUUUAUAGCUGAAUAUGCGAACCUGCCAUUGAUACCACCAUUUCUACAACCUGGUAAUUACACACAAUUCUAUGGUGGAGUGAACUUUGCGUCUGGUGGAGCAGGUGCUCUUGUUGAAACUUUUGAAGGUUCGGUAAUACCUCUGAAAACACAAGCUAGAGAUCACUUCAAGAAAGUAGCAACAUGGUUGGAGCACAAGUUAGGAAGUUAUGAAGCUAAAAUGUUAUUAUCAAGAGGUGUAUACAUGUUUAGCAUUGGAACCAACGAUUACCUUAGCCCAUUCUUGACUCAAUCUGAUGUUCUUAACUCUUUCUCUCACUCACAAUAUGUUGACAUGGUGGUUGGUAACAUCACUUCCAUUAUCAAGGGAAUAUAUAAGAAAGGGGCUAGAAAGUUUGUGUUCAUGAAUCUGCCACCAUUGGGUUGCCUUCCAGGGACCAGAAUAAUAAAGUCAGAUGGAAAUGGAAGCUGCUUACAACAACUUUCAUCACUUGCAAAAUUACAUAAUCAAGCUCUAUCUUUGGCUCUCUUUAAAUUGGAGAAGCAGCUAAAGGGCUUCAAAUAUUCUCUCUAUGAUUUCAAUGCUGAUGUAACUCAAAUGAUCAACCACCCCUUUAAAUAUGGUUUGAAGGAAGGAAAAUCAGCAUGCUGUGGGAGUGGAGCAUUUAGAGGAGAGUACAGUUGUGGGGGUAAAAGAGGGAAUAAGCAUUUUGAGUUAUGUGACAAACCCAAUGAAUAUUUGUUUUGGGACUCAUACCAUCUUACAGAAAGUGCUUAUAAACAAUUGGCAACUAGGAUGUGGGCUUACACAACUAACUCUCACUUUCUUGGGCCUUACACUAUUAGUGAUUUCUUCUAAGCCCAAUACUUUGUUUUCCAAUUCAUUCUUGUUUUUCCCUUUGUUGCCACAAUAUAUUUUUCAAUUAUGAAUUAAAAUGUAGGUGCAAGCUAUGGUAUUUAUAUA